GGCGCAGUCGGCAGUGUCUCUUGCUUCACUUCCCUCUUCUCGGCGGCGUCUCGGAGGUGCAGUCCGAAUAGACAGGGCGCGGGGCAGAUGGCUAAGUGACUUCCCCAAGGGUACUGAGACUCACCAGAAUAAAGAAUAAAGAACAAUUAUGGAGAACAAAGAAGGUGAUGUUGAAGGAACCAAUAUAAUAGGUUCAAAUGCAGUAGAAAGAGUGUGUGCCAUCCAGAAGCAAGCUCAGGAAGAACUUAUUUUUCAUGAAGAAACAAUUGAUCUUGGAGGAGAUGAAUUUGAAUCUGGGCAGAAUGAGACAGUCAUAGAAGAUUCUGCUAACUUCAUAGAUAAGCUUAAUGAGCACAUGAUGGAGAGCGUUGUUAUUUCAGAUUCUCCAAAUAACAGUGAAGAUGAUACUGGUGAUCUUGGUUGUCUGCAAGAGAUUGUAAAGCAAAUGGAAGCAAAAGAUAUUCAAGUUGAAGAAGGUGAGCUGGGAAAAGAAGUUUCCGACAAGAGUGAAAUGAAGCCUGAAGAUGUCCCCACAGGUAUUUCUAAUAAUGGAAUUGAUGAUCAAUCCUCUUCAAAAGAAGACUUGAGGCAAGAGCCAGCAAAAGAUGAACUGGAGAUGGAAAGUGAUAAACUGUGUAACUCUGUAUCAAAUAUUGACUAUAAACCUGAAGAGACUGUAUCCUCACCAGUAGUCAGCAAAUCACCUGUUGACUCUGAACCUAUUCCUGUGUGUACGAUUUUCAGCCAAGGAAACCGCAUGAAUGAUCAGAAACAGUUUCUGCAUGAUGGCUUUGAGCCUCAAAUGGUGAAGUCACCUAGCUUGGGGGGUUUAAGUGAGGCUCCAGCAAAAGCAUAUCCACAGGUAGUUCAGCCUAGUCCAAGCCUAAGCAAGUUUUUUGGUGAAACCAUUAAUACUAAUACACUAGCUUCUGAUUUCUUUGAUUCCUUUACAACAUCCUCUUUUAUUUCUGUCAGUAAUCCUAAUGUAAGCUCCUCAGUACCAGAACAAAUGUCUUCACUUAUAUCAGUUGGGGAGUUUCAUGACACUGUUGACCAUAAAUAUUCUGUUAAAAAUGGAAGAGCUGAAGCUGGGAGAUCUGCAUCUUCACCAGAAAUAUCCCAAUCUCCUAAGCCAUUUUCUCAGAUCCAAGCUGUUUUCCAAGGUGGUGACGAUCCUUUUGCUUCUGUGCUAAAUAUGAGUGAAGUGGACAGAAGAAAUGAUGCCUGGCUUCCUAGUGAUGGAACUAGGAAUGUCUUGAUUUCAGUAGCCACACAGCAGUACAGUAAUGUUUUCAUUGACAAAGAAAAUCUUACAAUGCCAGGAUUAAAAUUUGACAACAUUCAGGGUGAUGCAGUAAAGGAUUUAAUGCUCCGCUUCCUUGGUGAACACGCUGCAAUGAAAAGACAAGUUCUAAAUGCCAACUCUGUGGAACAGUCUUUUGUGGGUUUGAAGCAGCUGAUUAGCAGCAAAAACUGGAGAGCAGCAGUUGACUUAUGUGGAAGACUUCUGACUGCCCAUGGUCAAGGCUAUGGUAAAAGUGGCAUACCCACAAGUCAUACAACAGACUCUCUACAGCUGUGGUUUGUAAGAUUAGCACUCUUGGUGAAAUUGGGCCAUUUCCAAAAUGCUGAAAUGGAAUUUGAACCAUUUGGGAAUCUAGACCAGCCUGAUCUGUACUAUGAAUAUUACCCACAUGUAUAUCCAGGACGGAAAGGUUCCAUGGUUCCUUUUUCCAUGCGGAUUUUGCAUGCUGAACUUCAACAGUACUUAGGAAAUCCUCAGGAGUCACUUGAUAGGCUGCAUACUAUGAAAACAAUCUGCACAAAGAUAUUAGACAACUUGGAACAUGGCUUAGCAGAAGAUGGAAGCAUGACUAACAUUACCCAGGAGAACAGACACGCCUCUGUUCAGCUGUGGAGGUCACGUCUGGGCCGGGUGAUGUACUCCACAGCAAACUGUCUGCUAAUGAUGAAGGACUAUGUGCUUGCUGUGGAGGCAUAUCACACCGUCAUCAGAUAUCACCCCGAGCAAGAGCCACAGCUGCUGAGUGGAAUUGGAAGGAUUUUCCUGCAGAUUGGAGACAUAAAAAUGGCUGAAAAAUAUUUUCAAGAUGUUGAGAAAGUGACUCAAAAAUUGGAUGGACCGAAGAACCAAAUUAUGAUUUUAAUGAACAGGGCAUUUCUUCAUCUUGGUCAGAAUAACUUUGCAGAAGCCCACAAAUUCUUCACAGAGAUUUUGAAGGUUGACCCAUCAAAUGCUGUGGCUAACAACAACGCAGCUGUGUGUCUGCUUUAUCUGGGGAAACUGAAGGAUUCCCUCCGGCAGCUGGAAGGAAUGGUUCAGCAGGACCCUAAACACUACCUCCACGAGAGCGUGCUCUUCAAUUUGACAACCAUGUAUGAACUUGAGUCCUCUCGCAGCAUGCAGAAGAAACAGGCUCUGCUUGAGGCGGUGGCUGUCAAGGAGGGCGACAGCUUCAACACUCAGUGUCUCAAGUUAGGAUGAGCCCAUCCUCUUCUGUUCCAGAAAAGCUCAUUUCAGAAGUUGUAUAUACUCCUGCUAAUCUGUAAAUGUUCCUCUAGCAAGUGCAAUAAAAAGCUUUUUAAUUAUGAA